AUGGCCUCCGUGCGCGAAGUCCCCGACGAGUCCGCCUUCCAGUCCACCAUCGAAUCGCUCCCACCCGCCACGCUCGCCGUCAUCUACUUCCACGCGCCCUGGGCCAAGCCGUGCGAGCACAUGUCCGUCAUCCUCAAGACCCUCGCCAGCACCUACCCCGCCGACGCCCCCAUCGCCUUCCUCUCUCUCAACGCCGAAGAGCUCCCCGAUGUCUCGGAGCAGUACGACGUCACCGCUGUGCCCUACAUCGUCGUCCAGAAGGACGGCAAGACUCUCGACACAGUCUCUGGCUCCGACGCCGCCAAAGUACGCGCCGCGGUAGAGAGAUAUGCCGGCGCCGGCUCUGGCGCAUCUGCAUCGAGUCUGCCGCCUGCCCAGACAGUGACGCGGCCGCCUGUUGAGAACGGCGCCAACGGAGACAGCCCAAAGAACCUGGCCGCCUAUGCGCCGGCCGCCAACGACCCCAAAACAGCACCAGACUACAGCGCGGGCGAGCAGGAAACGAACAAGGAGGAGCUACACAAGCGCCUUUCUGAACUCGUCAAGGCUGCACCUGUCAUGUUGUUCAUGAAGGGCACACCGAGCGCUCCACAGUGUGGCUUUUCCAGGCAGACAGUCAGCGUCCUGCGGGAGAAGGGCGUCAGAUACGGCUUCUUCAACAUCUUGGCAGACGACGAGGUCAGGCAAGGCCUCAAGGAGUUUGCGGAUUGGCCCACUUUCCCCCAGGUCUGGGUUGAUGGCGAGCUCGUCGGUGGUUUAGACAUUGUCAAGGAAGAAUUCGAGAAUGACCCUGACUUCCUGGCGCAAUAUUCUGUCAACCCAUCCAAGGCCGCUUAG